AUGAGUGUGAUUCCUGGGAAUAAAGCAGCAACUGUAGUAAUAACUUGUAUUCUUCCAUUUCACACAGAUGCUAGCAGCCAGAAUUUGCUUUCUUGUGAAAUCUGUGGAAGACAUUUUAUACAGGAUGCACUGGCACGACAUGAACCAAUAUGCAGAAAAGUCUUCAACAAAAAGCGCAAGCCAUUUAAUUCCUUGAAACAGCGACUGCAGGGAACUGACAUUCCAACAGUAAAGAGGAAGCCACCCCCGAAGAGCCAACCAGAGAAAAAAUCUAAUUGGAGACAACAACAUGAGAACUUCAUUAAUACAAUCCGAUCAGCCAAACUUGCCACUAUAGCUAUGAAAGAAGGCCGCCCUCUGCCUCCGCCUCCACCUCCAACCAUUAAUCCAGAUUAUAUUCAGUGUCCUUACUGCAUGAGAAGGUUUAAUGAGGCUGCAGCAGAAAGGCACAUCAAUUUCUGCAAAGAACAAGCAGCCAGGCGUGCAUUUGCUCCAGGUCAGAAAGGAUCCAAAGCACCCCCUGGCAAGCAAGCAACUCCCAAAAAAGAACCAACCCUAACAAGUGCUGUGGGAACACUGCUUCAGAACAAGACACAGGAAGGCACUGAUCCAAGCCAAGUAGUAAUAGGGCAUGCUGGAGAAACCUCUGCUGCAACACCACAGAAAAAAGCACCUGAAAUUCCCCCUGGGAAGGAGCCUGGGUAAGGAACAAAGUAACUACAUCACCGGGUUUGUGCAUGAGUGAU